AUGGACAUUGGACAGGUAUCUUUUGUAUGUCUUAUCCAUCGACUCAUUCCCGAAGAUGCCAAAUCAAUGGAAACUUUUGAUUCACUCACUGUAUUUACAGCCAAGGAUUACAAUGCCACAAUUGAGUUCUACUGGGCACCUUUUCUUCUUGAAUCAAAUUCAGACGAUGCUGUCAUUCAUAGGAUAUCUGAUAGGAUUGUCAGAAAAGGUUCAAUCAAUAAGCAUGGCAGAAAUUGGAAAGGUGUUGAUAUUUUGGUAUUCAACACCUAUCUUUGGUGGAUGACUGGCUUGAAGAUGAAAAUCUUGCUUGGAUCUUUCGAUGAUGAAGCGAAAGAGAUUGUUGAACUCUCAACAGAGGAUGCUUAUCGUAUGGCUAUGAAAAGCAUGCUUAGAUGGGUGAGGUUGAAUAUGGAUCCAAAGAAAACUAGAGUCUUCUUCACAAGCAUGUCACCUUCACAUGGAAAAAGCAUAGAUUGGGGAGGUGAAGAAGGAGGAAAUUGUUACAAUGAAACAACUCUAAUCGAUGAUCCAACAUAUUGGGGCUCUGAUUGCAGGAAGAGCAUAAUGGAAGUAAUAGGAGAAGUGUUUAGCAAAACCAAAGUGCCCAUUACAUUUUUGAACAUCACACAACUUUCUAGUUACCGUAGAGAUGCACAUACUUCAAUAUACAAGAAGCAAUGGAGCCCGUUGACUCCAGAGCAAUUAGCUAACAAGCUAGACCGUUGUCAAGAGAAAUCUUUAAAAACAUGUAAACUUCUUAGGAAUUUCUUAACUCUCAGAGUCUCUCAACAUCUCAUCUUAGAACAUUACAACACACAAUUCUUGUUAAAAAAUAAUAAUUAA